GUAUGGAGGGAGAAAAGCAAAAGUCUAAAGAAGAAGACUUUCCUUUUAACAAACCAGGGGAUAAAGAGUCUCAGGGUCAGACAGGCAAGGCCCACUGGCACAUGGAUAUGAACCACUAUGCCACUAAGAAGAGUGCAGUUCAGAGCAUGCUGGACGUAGCCCUGCUCAUGGCUAACUCCUCCCAGCUGAAGACUGUACUGUAUGAAGGGCCUGAAUACAGGUUCUACAUCCCUCUCAUCACACUCAUCACUCUCUCCAUCACACUCCAGGUCAUUGUUGGUCUACUUCUCAUAUUCAUUGUCAAAUAUAAUCUGAACGACAUGAGGAAACAGCCUAAACUCAACAUGAUGAACAAUGUCACCACAGUCCUUGUCUUUUUUAUUGUUCUCAUCAAUGUCUUCAUUACUGCUUUGGGAUUUGACUCGGCUCGGACUAAUGUGACGGUCCCUGCAGUUCUUUCUCAGACUGACUUUACUGGAGAUGAUUAAUUUCCAUUCAGACUAUACACAGUGAAGUGCCCACUGCCAACGCUCAUCUGUUUUCUUCAGACUCAGAUUUUGAUCCCACUCAAAAUUAUUCUAUUGUGUGGCUUUUGCGCAACAAGCCUAUUUAUAAUACAUUUACAAGCAUUUUACACUUGGACUUUUUUUGUCCAGUUAAAUCAGAUUCUAGUUUCACCCUUAAUGUGAUUUAUUUGAGCAGGUGUGAAUACAGUAAUCACAAUCAGAUGUGGACAACUGCAGUCUUUUUAAAAGAUGGUGGUCUUUGUCUUGUUCUAAUGAACAAAUUAGCUGUUCAUUUGUGGUGAGAUUGUGAUCUGAACCAACUAUCAGGUGUACUUCACAAGUCUGAGAUAAAUGGCUCCGGUAGACGAUUGUGCUUAGCAUUAUGGGAUUCAGCAGAGCAAGUGAGCAGAGAACUGGCUAAAUUUGAACCAUGUAAAAUUGCACUGAAAUCUGCACUAGUCAAGAACAUAGGACCAUCUUUCUGUAUUUACUUUCUUUCUCAAACCAAGAGGUUUGGCCAAUAAGAAGAGUAAAUGUUUUCACAUGGUUUGUUGUGACUAAUUUUAUUGCACAUGAUUGCACAGAUUUUUUCCCACUCUAUGAAAACAAAGAAAAACAUUAGUAAAAUGCUCGAUGAUUUCUACUUUAUUUAUUGAUUCGGAUUAGAGCAAACACACCAUAGUUGUGAAAAUGCUCUAAAACAUCAAGGACUGGUUUUCCAAACAGGGAUUAAGCAUAGUCCUGGACUACAGAAGAUUUUUAAUAGUGAUUCUUCACUGAAAAUAACAAGUCUUAAACCUUGACUGGAAAACCAACCCAAAGUGUUAAGUCAACCCACAGGCGUUAAGUCUAACCUAACUAAUAUAGUCUAAAACUAUAUUUUCUGUACUAUUGAAUUUCCUUUCAGUAUGCUGUGCAGUUGUGGACUAGUCCUGAUCAGAGAAACCACUCCAAAUAUGCUUUGGUUUUGUAUGUUUAAAUAAACUUAAAAACAAAAAGUU